UUAGCAUGGAGGAGGAGCGCUCGCCUCCUCCUUUGAAGAACUGCUAUUGGGUUCUUCGCCAUGGUCGAAGCGUGCCAAACGAGAUUGGUCUCAUCGUUUCUCACAAGAGCAAUGGGACAUUACCUCAGCAUGGCCUCGCCGAGGGGGGAUUCGUUCAAGCCAAGGCUGCUGGCGAGAUCUUUCUUAAGCAACUGGAAGAGCACGGCAGCUUUAAGAACGUCGCCAUUUGCUCUUCUCCCUUCACGCGGACCAUGGAGACUGCAAACUGCGUAGCUGAAGUUCUCAAGCGUGCAUACGAAAAUUUGGAGAUCAAAGUCUUGGACGAGCUGCGUGAGAGGUACUUCGGGCCAGCUCUAGAGCUGCAGUCUCAUCUUCACUAUGCCGAGAUCUGGGAAAUCGAUGCGCGAAACCCACUCGUUGGCCCCGAAGGUGGUGAAAGCGUAGCCGAUGUUGCAAAGCGAGUAGCCGCAGUGAUUCCUCAGCUCGAGUUACAACACGAAGGUUAUGCUAUAUUGCUUGUAAGUCAUGGUGACACACUCCAGAUCCUUCAAACUAUAACAAAGGCCGCGGAGGUAAGCAGGAUCAAAACGGACAGUGAGGAAUACGUCUCCAUUCUUUCCCAGCAUCGAAAGUUUGCACUGCUCACUGGAGAACUUAGACGGCUUGCAUGACUAUUCUUUUAUUUUUAUUUUUAUUUUUCUCACACACAAACAUUGAAACACUUGAUAAAAACUUCAAGCUUUAUUUC